AUGUCUGACGUGCCUGGCGUAGAACACAGAGAUCCGCAAUACUUUGGCUACUAUGCCCAACUUCAGCAUCAACAAAAUAUGCUGCAAGACACUGUUCGUACCUCUACGUACCGUUCUUCCAUCUUGUUGAACGGGCCCAAGUCAUUCAAAGACAAACUUGUUAUGGAUGUAGGCUCUGGCUCUGGUAUUCUCUCCUAUUUCGCAGUUCAAGCAGGAGCCAAGAAGGUGUAUGCUGUGGAGGCAUCGGGCAUGGCUAAAAAGAUGGAAAAGCUUGUCAAGGCUGCUGAUGAAGGCAAAAAUGCCUUUUUGAAGGACAAGAUCCAGGUAGUGAAUGCCAAAAUUGAAGAGCCUGAUUUACCUAUACCCAAAGUCGACACAAUCAUCUCAGAACCGAUCGGCGUACUCUUGUUUCAUGAGAGAAUGUUGGAGAGCUAUGUCUAUGCCAGAGACCACUACUUGAAGCCUGGAGGAGCAUUGUUUCCCUCAAAAGGUAACAUUUAUCUUGCUCCAUUUACUGAUGCCACCUUGUGGAGUGAAACUAUGAGCAAAGCUCGCUUCUGGGAGCAGCAAUCAUUUUAUGGCAUUGAUUUGACUCCCCUGUACAAAGACGCUCGCGACGAAAUGUUUGGCAUGCCUGUGGUAGGUCAUUUCGAUCCUCGUAGCUUGAUUACAACACCUUCGAUUUUCGAUACCUAUGGUGUUGAUUUCUCUACUGUCACUGUCAAAGAGUUGCAAGAUAUCACAAUGCCAUUCAGUUGGACCGCUCAGUAUACAGGCUUGAUGCAUGGUGUUGCAGGCUGGUUUGAUCUCGUAUUUGCACCUCCUCCUUAUGAUCAACCCAAUCCUGAGGAUUUAGGCACCACGGUAGAGAUGUCUACUGGACCUAGCGCUGAACGCACUCACUGGCAACAAGUGCGUUUCUUGUUCAAGGAACCUUUGGCUGUGAAUGCCAAUCAAAAGAUCCGUGGCUGGAUGCGCUGUAUUGUGAAUGACAUGCGAAGCUAUACUAUCUAUGUCGAAGUUACUGCCACGGAUGGUGUUACAUUGAGCGCCCCUGAAGCUGUCGACAAGGAUGCUGCUUUUGCCGAGCCCAGUGAGGACAGACCCUUGGUGCGUCGCGGCGUGUGGGAACUUCAUGAACAAACAUACAACUACAAUUACACACCUGGCAUGAUGCCUGAUCACAAGCCUGAAUACUCAUGUCUUUAUGAGCCUGAAACUCGCUUGGACAACCCGCUUUACCCUCAAAACCUGGAUCUGAAGAGUAUGAACGUCAUGGAUGAUUACGAGGAUUUUGUAAAUUAG